CCUCUCUGUCUGUCUGUCUGUCUGACCCCCACCCCCUCCCACAGACACACUGGGAUGGGCUGAACACUCGAAGCGGUUUUACCUUAAACCACAGAUAUGGAGGGCUCGAAGUCAUCAAGCUCCACCAUGCAGGUGAGCUUUGUGUGCCAGCGCUGCAGCCAGCCCCUGAAGUUGGACACUUCCUUCAAUGUGCUGGAUAAAGUCACCAUUCAGGAGCUCACAGCCCCUCUAGUCAUGGUGACGCCUGUAAAACCAGAGGACGUUCGGGCAGAGGAGGGCAACUUGCCUGAGGAAUUGUGCUUGGAGAACAGGCAGGACGUGUCUCGGAAGUAUAUCCCCCCGGCUCGGAUGUUGUCCACGGAAAGUGCCAACAGCUUCACGCUAAUUGGCGAGGCUUCUGAUGGCGGCACCAUGGAAAACCUUAGCCGAAGGCUGAAGGUAACCAGCGAUCUGUUUGACAUCAUGUCUGGGCAGACGGACGUGGAUCACCCUCUGUGUGAGGAAUGCACAGACAUGCUGCUCGAUCAACUGGACCAACAGCUGAACGUCACAGAGAACGAGUGUCAGAACUACAAAAACUGUCUGGAAAUACUCGAGCAAAUGAACGAGGAAGACGAGGAGAAGCUGCUGGAGGAGCUGAAAGAUCUCACAUCGGAGGAGGACCAUCUCAUCCAGGACCUGGAGGAUGUGGAGGUCAAGCGGAAAAAGGUGUCUGACGAGCUGUCCAAGGUCAGAGGAGAGACCGACAGACUCAAUCAAGAGGAAGCCCAGUACCAGAAGGAAUAUUCGGAAUUUAAGAGGCAGCAACUGGAGCUCGAUGAUGAGUUGAAGAGUGUUGAGAAUCAGAUGCGAUAUGCUCAGGUCCAGCUAGAUAAACUGAAGAAAACCAACGUGUUCAAUGCUACGUUCCACAUCUGGCAUAGCGGGCAGUUUGGAACGAUCAAUAACUUUCGGCUGGGGCGCCUGCCGAGCCUCCCUGUGGAGUGGAACGAGAUUAACGCAGCCUGGGGACAGACCGUGCUGCUGUUACACGCGCUGGCCAACAAGAUGGGCCUGAAGUUUCAACGGUACCAUCUUGUCCCUUACGGAAACCACUCAUACUUGGAAUCACUUGCAGACAGAGCGAAGGAGCUGCCCUUGUACUGCUCUGGAGGCCUGAGGUUUUUCUGGGAUAACAAGUUUGAUCACGCCAUGGUGGCAUUUCUGGACUGUGUUCAGCAGUUUAAAGAAGAGGUGGAACGAGGAGACACAGGUUUCUGCCUCCCUUACAGAAUGGACGUGGAGAAGGGAAAGAUUGAAGACACGGGAGGAAGCGGUGGCUCCUACUCCAUCAAAACCCAAUUCAACUCGGAAGAACAAUGGACGAAGGCGCUCAAAUUCAUGCUAACCAACCUGAAGUGGGGCUUGGCUUGGGUGUCCUCCCAGUUCUACAAUAAGUGACAAGGAGACGACUGUACAGUGUUUCUCUCUCUCCCGUCCCCCUUGCCCCCUUCCCCACCGAGUUCCCCCAUGUCUUUUUGUUCACAGUUUUACUGCCCCGUUUGAGAAGACUCCCACGGGUCUGAGCAGAAUUUUCUCUCGAGCUUUGGGUCCCUUUACUGUUGGGAAUAUUGGUCAUGGUUGUGCUCCCCGCUGUACAAAAUGGUAAAGAAGGCCUUCUCUCUGGUGUAUUUCAGUGUAACGGUGUCAAACAAACACCGUUUCUCAUUGCUGUUGGGAAGGUUAACCUGCAGUUGAGCUGGAGUACACUACAGAGGGUCAGAGUACGUUACAGUGGCUGACAAGAAAAACAUGAAGCAGUUCAGUUGAUUCAGUGAAUGGACAAUUUCAAGAGCUUUACCAUUAUAAGCACCACAGAAAGCAAGUAUUAUUAUUAUUAUGGGGUUUUGUAAUUAAGAACAUAUACACACACACACAGUUUCUUACACAAAUUCACUCUGAAAUCGCGGUUGUGUAUUGGUUUGUAAAUGAUGAUUUAAAAAUGAUCGCAGAUGUGUAAAUGAUCUAAUAAUUCAAGUACUUGAUGCAGUGUGUUGCUGCGAUGUUGGUGCACUGAUGAAAUGUUUUUUAAAAAAAAUGAUUGUAUGAUAAACGUGUUCAGUACUUCACAUUGCUGUGUACAAAUAAAAUAAAACGCAAUAGCUAUCAAAAUAAAACGUUGCUGAACGGCA